AUGAUAGCCAAUGUUAAUCACAGUUUAUUAAAACUGGUCACAUUUGAAUCACUAACCAGUGGAAUUAAGAGUAUUGGUGCAUUGGUUGACAAUGACCGUGAAGUCGUCGACUUUUGUUGUGAUAAUAAAGUCAUACCAAAUGAUAUGAAAUCAUUCAUUGAGGGUGGACAAAAAACAAUGUCAUAUGCACUUGAUAUUAUUUCAUCUGGAAGAAAUAGAAUUAAUAUUUCAAAUAUUAAAUUAAAAGCACCAAUCAGUAAUCCCGAAAAAGUAAUUGGAAUCGGUUUGAAUUAUAAAGAGCAUGCUAUCGAAACCAACAUGCCAUUCCCAAAGGAACCGGUUGUCUUUACCAAGUUUGCCAGUUCGAUUGUUGGUCCCGACGAGAAUAUCAUUAAGCCAAAGUCAACGGAUGAGGUUGACUACGAGGUGGAGUUGGUCGUUGUCAUUGGAAGGGAAUGCAGAUUCGUUUCUGAGGCCAAUGCACUCGACUAUGUCAUCGGUUACACCGUCGGAAACGAUGUGUCCGCUCGUGACUGGCAGAUGCGCAAACCAUCGGGACAGUGGUCACUCGGCACUCCAUCGGGAGUCGGAUUCACAAGAAAACCACCCGUAUUCUUGAACGACGGUAACAUUGUCGAUUGUGAAAUCGAAAAUUUAGGAACUCUUACAAAUUUCGUUAAAUCUGAAUAA